CUACCUAGGUCGACCCCUGAGCCUCCUUGCCUUCCAGUCAAGGAUCCAGUUUGUUUGAAAGACAAGACAGACAGGACACACACACAGGGGACACCAUGGACCUGGGGAUAAAGGUUAGCACUCCCAAAGACAUCAUGCUGGAGGAGUUGUCAUUGCAAUCCAACAGAGGCUCUCGUCUUUUCAAAACGCGCCAGCGAAGAUCAGAGAAAUACACGUUUGAAAGUAUCCAAAAUGAGGCAAACGUGCAGCUGAGUAGGGAUCUGCUAGCUGAGAAUGUAGACAGUGCCGAAAACAAAGAGGGAUCAAAAACACUUCCUUACACACCCGCCCCAGGAAACCCUUCAAAUCCAGAAAGCAUUGCACCAGGAUAUGGAGGCCCCUUGAAGGAUGUCCCUGCAGAGACGUUCAACUCUACAGCAAUACCCAAGUCCUACCACUCCCCUUGGGAGCAGGCUAUCAUUAACGACCCCAACCUGGCCGAGACCCUCAAUAUCUGGAUGCCUGUCCCUGAACCCAGACCAGAGGCUCCUGAAUACAAGAGCUUUAACAGGGUGGCCACACCGUUUGGUGGUUUCGACAAAGCCCCCCAGAGCAGUGGGAUCACGUUCAAGCUCCCCGAGAUCGACCUGAACCUCCCCAACUACCUUGAGCUCCAGGACCCAGGGGUGAAACGGCCCACCUUCAACAGGGUCGCCCAGGGAUGGAUAACCGACGGCAUCCCACUGAUCCUGCCCACAGUGCCUCUGGAACAUAUGUCCAUCCCUGAGUCCGAUGACCUCUAGAUGACCUUUAAAUGACCCAUAAAUACCUGGAAAGACAAUAGAGCACUGGUCCAACAAGAUCCACUGCUGACACCUCUAACCUUACUGCCUGAUCUGCGAUAUAGGGGUCGGAGCUGAAGCCUAAAUCAUGAUUAUUGAAUAUGUGCAACCGACGACGAACUGAUGGUUUCAAAUAGGGGUUCCCUGCUGUCCUGUUUCAAUUCUGUGCCAUUUGCAUGAGUAAUGAUACUGAAGGUUAGUUUUGCAUU